UUCAGCGGUAAUACAUCUUAAAACUAAGAUGGCUGACGAUUCUAUCCAUAUGAGUGAGGUUCAGAUUAGUGAAAGAAAAUUACGGUUUUUGGAAUGGGCUACGACAGAUGACACGAUUUCAAUUUCGAAAAAGCCAACAGACAGCAUCCCUCUAUUUCUGGGGGCCGAUGUGCUGUCUGGGUGUUCUAUCGCUGUUUCUAACUUACCAAGGAUGCAUGCAAAGUUUUCCAAACAAGGCCUGGCUGUUAAAGUUAACUUCCCUAAUUCUCUACGAUUGCAAGGUAUCCAUGGUUCGACUCGAGGUGUUUGGUUUUACUCAGUUCAAGGCGUUUUCAGAGUAUGCUUUGAGUAUUACAAUCGCGAGGAACAACUGGAAUGUCUGACAAAGCUCUGCGCCUCGUGGAAGUUAAGAUUUACAGACAAGCCUUUUACACAAAGGGAAAUUGAACUUAGUUUUCAAGAUACUCCCAGCAAAAAAGUGGACAUUCCUGCGCAGCCAGAGGUCGUAAUGUCAACUAAACAGUUUGUCUCGAAUGAAAGAGUUGACCCAUCAGGAACACCGUCUUCUCAAACAAUAGAAUCGGUUUGCAACAACGUUCAUUCAUUUGCACCAGGUUCUUUACAGCACAAAUGUUUUACAACCCCUAACUGGAGGCGACAUAUCGAAGAAAUGGAGAAAAUUUCGAAAGAAGUAGAUCAGGACGACUUUAAUGAUUUUCUUGAUACUAUUAUAAGAAUUUCAAAGGAGUAUGAAGUUCAAACAACCCCUAAACGAACUGGAUUAUCAAGGGUACUUGUAGCAGUUAGCAAAUAUCUUGGUGACGAAUUUAAUAGACUCCAGCCUGAAAUUAGUGAAAGGGUAACCGAGUUCAAAAAAAGGCACAUAACGUCAAUUGAUAAUCUUCCUCCAUCAUCAGUUCUUGUCAAAGAACUAUUCCCUGAGUGUAUGCAGGUUUUACUGUUGAGUUGGAUGGGAAGCAGUGAUGAUGGACAAGACCUGAACAGCAUCAUUCAAGUGAUAUUAGAACUUGUGAAUAUGAGCCUGGUUUCAGGUGUCGCUCAUGUCUUGUACUCUAGGUUGAUACAAACUGAUACAGUUUAAUGUUCAAGCAUUCUCUCUCUAAUUUGAUUCUAUGUAAAAUAUAUUUUUUAUAUUGAACAAUGUACACACAACUGUAUACACCUGUUCUGAUGAAUAAUGAAAUAAUAAUAAUAAUAACUUUUAUUUCUAUAGUGCUCUUAUCCUAUGUUCAAGGCACUUUACAACACUGCGUGGGGGAAUUUACCAGACUGCCAGUGGCAGUUUACAAACAAUAAAGGCGAAUUUUAACAGAUGCCCCCUCCCCCCAAUUCCCAGUAA